AUGUAUAGUUAACCGUAUACAGGUAGCUAAGUAUAAAAUAGUUAAUUAUUUUAAAAUAAUAAUCCAUAUCCAUCUUCACAGUUUGGAUAAUAUAAGUAUUCUGCUCCUUAUGCUGGAAAUGGAAUGUCAUAUGGACAGUAAUCAAGAGUCAAUAUGCAAUAGGAUGGAUUAGGAAGUGAUUAUGCAUAUAAAUUUGAGCCUUAAGUUAGAUCUAAUUUAAUGAUGGGAGCUGAGAUUUCUGAAAUUGAAAUGAUAUUAGAAGGUGAAAGAAGAAAGUUUAAAGAAAUUCGUGAAAAGCUUGAAGAAGACUUAAAUAACGAAAGAAAGAUUAGAGUAGAAUUCGAAAAUAAACUAAUGAGAUUAAAGGAUGAAUCAAUGAAAAGAGAAAUGUUUGUUAGUGAAUUAGAGUAUAAGGUGAAUACCAUCGCAUAAGAAAAUGAAUCUAUAAUUAACGAAAACCGUACACUUAAAGACGAAUUGUAGCGUAUGCAAGAGUUAUACAAUCAUAAAAUAAGAGAAUAAGAAGAAAAUAUCUAGUACUUAUAAAGAAAUGAAGUUUCAAUGGAAGAGAAAUUUAAAAUUGAAGUUGACCGUAUUAGAAAGGAAGGUGAGAGCACUAUCGAAAACCUUUGUCGUUAAUGGGAAUUUAGAUAUAAAAGCUUAGAAGAGAAAUGCAAAAAUUUACUUUAGCUUAAGAGUGACAUGGAAAAUGAAAUUAGCAAUUUGAACAAAGCUAUUAUGAAGAUAAAAAUAGAUGCUGAUGAAGAAUUACGUCAAAGAUGUGUUAGAAUCCAAGAAGAAGAGUACAGAAAGUAUUAAGCUAAUCUAAGAACUAUUGAUCAAAAAUUGAGAACAUCUGAAGAGUAAAAAGAAUAAUUUGCAAGAAAAGUACAUUAAUUAGCAUAGGAAUGCCAAGAAAAAGAUAGAGUACUUAAUGAUAAAUUCAUGGAACACUAAAAGGAACUAAAUGAUAGAAUGGUUGAAAUUAAUGAUUUAAAGAAUAUAAUUAGCAAAUUAGAAAUCGACAGAGAUAAAAUAUUUAAAGAAUUGCAAUCUAAGGAAUCUCACUUAAAUAUUAUUCAAGCAGAAUACCUAGAAUUCUAAAACCAAGCCGACAUUGUCAAAAAGAAUUAGGAUUCAUAGAUAGAGGGAAUGAUAGCAGAUCACACUAGAGAGCGUAGAAGAUUGGAGGAUCUAAGAGACUAACAGGCUGUAAAAAUAUAAUAAUUAGAAUCUGUUAUCAGAUAAAUGGAAAGCGAAAUAGACAGAUGUAGAUAAGAAUAUCAAAAUUUAACUCAAAUGCUUCAAAGUAAUAUAAAUCGUACUAUUUCUCAAACCGUCACAGAAAAUCAUGCCUUCAAAAUUCCUAAUGCUUAAGUAGGUCCCAAGUAUGAUUACAAAUAUAAAUGA